CAAGUUCUCCGACUCACAUGUGGAUCCGAUGUGCGUCUUUCUGUAAGCAUGGAAAUAAUACGAGUUUAAAAAAAUGGGUGAAGAAAUGGAAGUGGAUGCUGUAAAGCCUACUAAAGAUGUGAAAGUUACUUCUUCAGUGCUGGAUGCAUUUGAUUUGCUCAAAGCUUCCGAUAAAGAUGCCAAGCUUAACGGUGGCGCUAAAAUAAUUUCACGAUUACAACAAGGCGGCGAGGAGAAUGAAAAGGAGCUUGGGUAUGUUUUAAAAAGGCUAGUUCGAAGUUUGGGUGCUAAUGUCCCGGACAUACGAACAGGUUACUUUGCCACCCUAGUCACGCUCUUGAAGAAGUUUCAAGUGACCGUUGCACAGCUGCUGAAACUGAUCAAACAGGAGCUGCACGCCAAUGGAUCUUCUAAAAGUGAAGUUGGUGACGUGGCACUCGGACAAAUCCUAGUUUGCUGUGCCAUUUUCCGCUCCGGUCACAUGCUAAGUUGCUCGGAGGAAGAGCAGAAGGAGAUCCUUCAGCUGUUCCUGAAGGCCAGCGCUAAGAAGUCAUACCUGGGCACAGCAGCAUACUUAAUACUACUAGAUUUCAUUAAUGGGUUGAAUGAGGACCAGUUCUCAACAAUAGUCUGGCCACACAUCAAACAAGAAUUCAAGAAGGAACUGAAGGAGCACUCCCUGGACUCUCUGUACUUCCUCAUGGUGGUCAGCAACAAGUUUCCGGCAAAGGUGAAGCUCCGGAAGCUGCUGGGCGUUACUGAAAUACUGUGUGAAGACAACAUACAUGCCAUUUGUGAAAAACUUAUGAGUGGCAUAGACUACAACUCCCUAAGUCACCCAAUAUUCAAAGAAAUAAGUAUACGAAUUGCCCAAUCACCGCACCUCGUUCUCUUCUGGACGUCAGGCAUCGACAGCCAGCUGGUCAAACACAACAGGAACAGAGAAUUAGCAGCCGUUAAUAUGCUCACAAUCAUACUAAAUAAUUUGAAAGAUAAUGUUGAAGUGAUUCCAGACUUGAUCAGCAAAAACUUUUUCAAACUGUUCAUGGACUGGUUCAAAGGCCUACAGACAGCCAGCAAAAUCAGGAACAAACGAGAAAAUGAGGAUGAUCAUAAAAUUAUGAUCAAAAAGGAAAAAGACUUGCUCAAUGCUCUGAACAAAGCCCUAAAAUCUGAAAAAGUUGUCAGCAAAGUCCGAGUAGAAGUGCUAAAGAAAUUGCUGUUUGACCCUGGUGAGUUGAAUUUUACUGAGAUCACGGGAACAAGUAUUGUGAAAUCUAUCAUAGCUGAUCUGGAUAAAGAUGGAGUAAAAAAGUUGGCAAAGAAGUUCAAAGGCAUACUGUCAAAUACUGACAAGUUUGUUAGAGGGGAUGUUGAAAGGAACUGGUUUAACAAUGAGAGGAUGAGAGCUGCGGAGCUUAUAUCCUACCUCGUAAGCCAUGACGCUGUCAAAGACGACACAGACUUUAAACUGACAUACAUGAAGUUACUGAUGUGCUUUGGUUUCUUCAAGAUUAGCAGUGGAGACAAUGGUACCGUCAGCAGUGAUUUGUCAACUUGCACCAAGUCCUGCUUCUACCGCUGCUUCACAUCCCGGUUCACAAAUGUAGACAGCCUGGUGGAGGUCCUCUCCUCGCUCGCAGACUUCAUCAACAGUAUCCUGCAGAAGGAACAAGUUCGGACCAAACUCGAGAAACAAUUCCCCAAAGAGAACAUGGAGUGCUGGGAACUGCUCACUGAAGUAACGGGGAAGAUACAAGGGAAUGAACCUAAAUCCAAAAUUGAUAAGGUGUUCCUUGUACUACUGUACCAACUGGGUCUGUUCUUAUUCUCCGAGCCGGACCAUGUCAAAAUGGCAAGGAGUUCCAUUAAAGAAUUAAAAAGCUGCUACGACCAUUACAGGAAAGGGCAAAAGAAAAACGCAAAGAAAAAUAUAAAGGACAGUUUAGCCGAAGAGGACCCAGAAUGGAUAGAAGUCUUAAUAGAAGUUCUAUUGUCUAUUCUAUCCACCGAGUCGAGCGUCCUUAGGUCUGUGGUCCAGUGUGUAUUUAGACUGCUUUGGGAAUACAUAACGCCUACAUCAGUCGGCCAGAUUCUCUCCGUAUUGGACCCCGACAGUGAAAAUAAUCCAUUAACAGAAGACAGCGAGUCUGAAGAAGGCGUUGACGAUAAAAGUGAAUCUGAGGACUCCUCCAAUGACAAUGAUGAGAAACAUGAAAGCGAUGAGGACAAGGUGACGGUUCCUGACCAGCUGAGGAUCGCCGUGCAGCAAGCUCUCGGCGCCGCCGCAGACUCGGAUAUCGAGAGCGUGGACGCCGACAUGAUCGACGAAGAAGAAGGCAAUAAACUCGACGAGGCCCUAGCCGACGCCUUCAGGCAGUUCAACCAGGAAAAAGGCAGGAAGACCAAAAAAGACCGCAAGGACAAAAAAGCCCUGUCCGAUUUCAGAAUAAGAGCUCUAGAUUUGAUCGACAUAUACUUAGAAAAGGAGUUGUCGAUGGACAUCUGCUUGGGGAUGAUCGCGCCGCUCACGCGCUGUCUGGAGUUCUGCAUCCAGGACAGCCAGUUCAGCGAGUUGGAGAACAGAGUACGAAAAACAAUAAAAACGUUAACAAAAAUCCGAAAAUUUUCGUCCACAGACGGUAUCACUAUAGACAUUUUAUGUGACAAUUUUAAGUCUAUAAUUGACAAAGGAUCCAGGUCGCACUUCAUGUUCCAAGCCGUAGGCGACAUUGUCACACAAUUCGCUACAUUUAUUAUACACUGCUCUUUAAAAAUCGAUGGUAAUGCCAACGCGAAAAAGUCACCUAAGAAGCAAAAGCAUUCCACAUCGCAGCUUAUUAAAAUUUUUUCAGAAGCACUACAAAAUUACUUCCAAAACCGAAACUGUCUGUUGCCGAUAAUUUUCUUCCAUAGCGUUCUGCAAACCGAAUGGAACGGAAACUACGAACUCGUGCCCGUUAUAGUAGACAACGUAUUUAACAACAACGUCAGGCAAUUCCGACGAAACGAAGGUCUAGAGCUGAUGACAGGUUUCUACCGGUCCCUAAAACGAUCCAAGCCAUCAGGCCAAGCAUUAAACAAAUUGAAUGAUUUGGAAGCGGACUUCCAAAACAAAUUAAUGGGUACCUUGAAAAGUGAUAGUGGGUUCGAAGCUAAGAAGAACUUCUUCAACAUACUCAAGAAGUUGAUAAAUAUCAUGAAAAUGUUCCAUGAGAGCUGCCAUAUUCCUUCAAACAUAAACUUCAAAACACUGUUGGAUUUAGUAGGAACUUUUAAAGGCACAGCCAAAUGUAAGAGCAUAGGUCAGACUCAAGAGCCCAGACAGAACCAACAGAGCAAGAAACAGAAUACUAAAAAGAAAAAGCGAAAGUUUGAGAAAAUGAAUGGUCAUGCGGAGCCGGCCGGGAAGAAGAUGAAAAAGAGCUCUGAAAGUGAAUAAGUGUUAACUUUAGUUACAAUUCAUAUUUUUUUCGAAUACAAUUUUAAUAAAUCGA